AUGAGAAUUGAAGAUACUAGCUAUGGCAAUAGCAAACAUCUUGGAUCAAUCUACAACCGCCUACAAGCCCUUGAAGGAUCAUCUCAUGCCAAUUACAAGAGAGAGAGGAGUCCAACACCCAACCACCCUCCCUUUUAUUGCAAUGCCAUCACAAGAAGAAGCACUACUCAAGUCCAUGAGGACAAUGAAGAAGAAGAAAGAGAGUAUGAGGAACAAUUGAAUGAUGAAGAUGAAGAGCAGAGCAUCGACAUCAAUGCUUCCCCAAAACAGAGCAUGGAUACACCUAGCCCUAAGACCCUCGUUUCUCACCAACACCAAGAAGUCAAGCUUCUACACUUCCAAGACUGGAAGCAAUGCAAAGACCAUCACCACCUACUGAAGAAGAAGAUACUUGGCAAUAUGAUCCCAUUGAUCCCAACAAGAUAA